GUCAAGGUCAGUGGACUGGGUGGGGAAGGGGGUGCUUCAGGGUUGCGGAGCCUGCUGUGUGAUUGCCCUGAACAGCAUGGAGACUUCCUCCAGCCUCCUCCACAGCGGUCUCCAAGUGUUUGCGGUCCUGCAAUGGGUCUUCUCCUUCCUGGGACUUGCCCAGGUGUGCCUGAUGGCCUUGCUCCUCGUUGUCCUGGGCCAGGCCUGGAUCCUAGUGGUCCUCUACCUGGCCUGGCUCUACACAGACAGAGACACCCCCAGGUCUGGAGGCCGCCGCUCAGCCUGGUUCCGCAACUGGGCUGUUUGGAGACAUUUCCGAGACUACUUUCCUAUCACGCUGGUUAAAACUGCAGAGCUGGAUCCCUCCCGGAACUACCUCUUCGGCUUCCACCCUCACGGAGUCUUGGCGGUGGGGGCUUUUGCCAACUUCUGCACUGAGGCCACCGGCUUCUCCAGCCUCUUCCCAGGCCUGCGCCCACACCUGCUCAUGUUGCCCUGUUGGUUCCAAAUCCCUUUCUUCAGGGACUACAUCAUGACCUGUGGCUUGGUCUCCUCGGACAAGGCCAGUGCUGCCCAUCUGUUGUCGCGUCCUGGGGGUGGCCAGGUGGCCGUCCUGGCUGUGGGAGGACCCCUGGAGGCUCUAGAGGCAAAGCCCGGCGCACUGAGCCUGCGGAUCCGGAAUCAGAAGGGAUUCAUUAAGUUAGCGCUGGAACACGGGGCCUCCCUGGUGCCUGUCUUCUCCUUCGGGGAGAACGACCUCUUCCAGCAGUUCCCGAAUCCGCCCGGUUCGUGGGUGCGGAGGGCGCAGGAGGCUCUGCAGCCACUCCUGCGCGUGGCGCUGCCGCUGUUCUACGGCCGCGGGGGUCUCCUGCUGCCCUUCCGGGCACCGGUCCGUACAGUAGUGGGCGCGGCGAUUCCGGUGCAGCGAUGCCCGCGACCCAGCCGCGCGCAGGUGGACGAGCUGCACGCGGUGUACGUGGAGCGCCUCACGCAGCUCUUCGAGGAGCACAAGGCGUGCUACGGGGUCCCUGCCGACCAACACCUCGUGCUCAUCUAGGCGCGCCGCCCCCUCCCGGCCCCGCCUCGUGCCCUAGGCCACUGCCGGGAGGGAGUGGAAUUAAAGGUGGGAACGGAC